GAGAGUGUCUAAACAGGAAACUGCAAUAAAAAACAGAAUGGAAUCAAUGACUAGAGCAUAGACUGAAAAAUUGGACUUUAAACAGCCCCCCUCCCCUCUCUCUCUAAAAGAUAUAAUAUGAUUCCAUUCAAGCCAAUCAACGAUCUUUGAUUACUCUUUCUAUACAAGCAUUUCUCUCUCCUUUUAUAGGUUCUGAAAUCUAGCAUUUCUCUCUCCUCUUUCGGUUAAAUCUUGAAAAGAAAAAGAAAAAAUUCACAACUCAGCUUUAGUUUUCAUUUCUGGGUUUUGCAAUUACUGUUGGAAAAAUGACUAUUGAGCAGAGAAUUGAUGUACCCAGUGAUCAAUUUCCGGUGGGUAUGCGAGUUCUGGCCGUGGAUGAUGACCCAAUUUGCCUUAAGCUGUUGGACACUCUGCUCCGAAAAUGCAACUAUCAUGUUACGACUACUAGUCAAGCAAUCACGGCGCUGAAGUUGUUGCGGGAAAACAAGAACAAGUUUGAUUUGGUAAUCAGUGAUGUGCAUAUGCCAGAUAUGGAUGGUUUUAAGCUGCUUGAGCUUGUUGGUCUUGAAAUGGACCUACCUGUUAUAAUGUUAUCGGCUAAUGGUGAUCCGAAGCUUGUGAUGAAGGGAAUUACACAUGGUGCUUGCGAUUAUUUGCUAAAACCCAUUCGGAUUGAGGAGCUAAAGAACAUCUGGCAACAUGUAAUUAGGAAAAAGAAAUAUGAUCCCAAGGACCGAAAUAACUCUGAGAACCCUCAUCCAGAAAAUGGUAGAGGACAAGGGCUCACUGGGAUAGGAGAUUCUGAUGAGAGUGGGAAGCUCAUUAGGAAACGAAAGGACCAAGAUGAAGAUGAGGAUGAGGAUGAGGAAGAGGAGUAUGAUGAGAACGGAAACCGUAAUGAUGAUACAUCAGCCCAAAAGAAGCCUCGGGUUGUUUGGUCAGUGGAGCUGCAUCGUAAGUUUGUUGCAGCUGUUAAUCAAUUGGGCUUUGACAAGGCUGUACCUAAAAGGAUUCUAGAUCUGAUGAAUGUGGAGAAGCUUACUAGGGAAAACGUGGCAAGCCAUCUCCAGAAAUAUAGGCUUUACCUGAAAAGGCUUAGUAGCCAGCAAGCUAAUAUGGUUGCAGUCUUAGGCAGUGCCGAUCCUGCAUAUUUGCGAAUGAAUUCUCUGAAUGGAAUUGGAAAUGUUCAUGCAAUGGCUGGAUCUGGACAGUUUCAGAAUGCUGCUUUGAGGUCCUCUCCUAAUGGGAUACUUGGAAGGUUGAACUCUCCUGCUGGUUUGGGUUUGCGGGGCCUUUCUUCUUCAGGAAUGGUUCAACUAAAUCACUCACAAAACUCAAGUAACCUGAUGAAUAAUAAGUUCCACCCCAUUAUACCAGCAGGAAAUCAAAAUGGGAAUAUACUUCAAGGGAUGCCAAUGUCAUUAGAACUUGAUCAACUACAGCAUAAUAACAGUGUCACACGCAUCGUAGAGCUCUCCAACACCACUGAUGAUCUGUCUGUUUUCCCCAUUUCCAGUGGCUUCUCGGAUACAAAAAUGAAUGCUGGUAGCUCUAGCAACUCUCUUCUUGAUGUCCCAAACAAUCCUUUGAUGAUGCAAGGACACCUUCAAGAGAUACAACGGAGGGGAGUCUUGGGAGAUCAAUCUUCUGUUACAAUUGCUUCCUCAAAUUCAGGAUUUCCUUCUCAUUUGACGGACUUUAGUAGAUUUAAUGAUGACUGGCCGAUUGCUGUUCAGUCAUCUGGGAUCCAGUCUGAUUCUUAUGCAUUAAAUGACUGUUUGAAACAGGCCCCUUUGAGUGGCUUGACAGAUGGUAUUUCUUCAUUUCCGAUGCAUAUAGGCAGUAAUCCACAUGAUGUUAGACCCAUCGCUAUGGUGACUGAACAAUUGGUGGAUUCGACUACAGAUUUACAAUGCCAAGUAGCCUCUAUAAGCAGUAUUGCUGGGCAAAAUAUGGACUACACCCAAAAACAAGGGUGGAAUGAUUUUAGACAGGAAGCAUCUCACCACUCAAAUCUUACGCGCAGUUCGGCGAACUCUCUGAUCCCUCCUCGUGGUGUUAUGGGUCCCUUUAGCCAGAGUUUGGACCCAAGUGCAAAAAUGUACCAUAAAAAUACGGAUUUCAAUUCGGUUGGACAAUCAUAUUUUGUUGAUCCCCGACCCCUGCAGCAGAAUGAGGUUGAGCAAUCUGCUACAGCAACAUCACUGAAGUUGAAGCACGGUUACCUCAUGGAGCAAAGGAAGCCACAGGCCACUUCGGAUUAUGAUAAUGUUGGCUCCUUGGAAGAUAUUGUAAGUGUUAUGAUGAGACGGGCAGGGUCAAAAUCUUGAGUUAUCUGUUAGGGUUUCUGUUGGAUGUUUAUUUUACGGUGUCUACAUAAGAUUUAGAUGUUGUUUAAUAAACCUGAAAAUUAAGUACUGAAAUUUAAGUGCUGACA